AAGCGGAUAGCUUUGGAAACCGAAAAAACUGAAAAAGAAACCCAAUUGGAGCACAAUCUGUUACGCAAACAGGAACAGUUGGAGGCUGAAUUGGCCGAAGCUUCCGAACAGGAUUUGCAAGAUCGAUUGGCUGAAGCGGAGGAAGAAUUGCGCGAGGUAGAACGUCGUAUCGAAGCGGCUCAGCGUACAGUGGAUGAGGUCGAGGCGCGUCUGGCCGCACUGUUACACGAACAACGCCAAUUGGAAUCGGAGGUGGAGAGAAAGAAGCAAGAAGAGAAAGAGUAUGCCGAACGCAUCCAGGACGAUCAACAAAGUUUGGAACAGAUGCAAUCCAAACAGAGUCAACUGUUGAAAAAGGUCGAACUUGGAACGGAUUUGCUCAGUCAGUUGUCCGUACAAGAACAACGUGAGGUGGACCGUCUGAAUGAUAAAAUCCAGGAAUUGACACGUGAAGCAAAAGAAGCUUACAAUUUGAAACUGGUUUCCCUAAUCCAUCCACGAUCGUUAUUGAAUGCAAUCAGACCUCACGUGGCAAAUGUCGUCCGAACACAUUUAAUCCUGGCCUCGGAGAAAAUCGAUAUAGUAACCAUUUAA